GGCUCCACAGCGCCGGGGCCCGGGGCCCGUGACAGACGGGCCUAGGAAGGGAAGAGGCGGCGGCGGCGCAGGCGACGGGGAGGCAGCGGCGGCGACACCAUGUCAUCCCCCAGCCCGGGCAAGAGGCGGAUGGACACGGACGUGGUCAAGCUCAUUGAAAGCAAACAUGAAGUCACAAUCCUAGGAGGACUCAAUGAAUUUGUAGUGAAGUUUUAUGGACCACAAGGAACACCAUAUGAAGGUGGAGUGUGGAAAGUUAGAGUGGAUCUUCCUGAUAAAUACCCUUUCAAAUCCCCAUCUAUAGGAUUCAUGAAUAAAAUUUUCCAUCCCAACAUUGAUGAAGCGUCAGGAACUGUGUGUCUAGAUGUAAUUAAUCAAACUUGGACAGCUCUGUAUGAUCUUACCAAUAUAUUUGAGUCGUUCCUGCCCCAGUUGCUGGCCUAUCCAAACCCCAUAGAUCCUCUAAAUGGUGAUGCUGCAGCCAUGUACCUUCAUCGACCAGAAGAAUACAAACAGAAAAUUAAAGAAUACAUUCAGAAAUAUGCAACAGAAGAAGCACUGAAGGAACAGGAAGAGGGCACUGGGGACAGCUCGUCGGAGAGUUCUAUGUCUGACUUUUCGGAAGACGAGGCGCAAGACAUGGAGUUGUAGUAGAAAAGGCCACCUGCUUUUCAGAAAGACUAUUAUUUCCUAACCAUGAGAAGCAGACUAUAAUAUUCAUAUUUAAACAAAGCAAUUUUUUUUAUUACUAAACAAGGUUUUUAUGAAUAAUAGCAUUGAUAUAUAUAUAUUAUAUAUCACCCUUUAGAUCUUGAUUUCUUGGUCAUUUCUCAACCUGAGGUGCAUAGCAUAUUCCCACAUUCCAUUUUGGUAGCAAUAUGCAGCCCGAAUGCAUGCAUUCAUAAGUCCAUUUGGCCAAGUCAACUUGUACGCUACUGAGCUGUCAACGAAAUAGCUGCUCUGAUAGGUAGACAUGAGGACAAAAAAAUACUGCUUCCUUUAUUGGUGGUUCCAAAGAAACAAACCAAACCAACCAACCCUUGGACAUUAAGAUAGACUAGAGCUUUUUUCAGAGUAAAGAGGAAAGACUUGGGAAGGGAGAAAGCCUGAUGUAAGUGUGCUUAGAGAGCCAACAGCCCAGUAGCGGUGAUGCUCCUUCCCAUUCAUAUUGGUGCCCUGUUUUACAUGGAGUGACCAUAACCGAGUACAGGGAGCUGUCUAUCUGGAGUAUUGACGCUUAAAGGAAGGUUUUUUGACUUGGAUUUUAAGUACUUUUUUAUAUGUGGAUUCCUGCCCUUCCAGCUACAGGGCCCUGCAACCACGGGUGUAUUUGCUUUGGGGACCUUUUGAAAUCCUUUUUCUGGACAUGUCUCAUUUUCUUGGUCUGGAUUCUGAACUCCAUCCCUUUUGUGGGCGGAGGGGGAAAAGGAGGGAAAUGACAUGGAUAGUGCUUCAGUUCAUUCAGAGCACAUGCAAAAUUAGACUCUACUUCUUUGCCAGUGUGAGACUGCUACCCUUGACUGAGAGCUUUAAACUUGCUCUUUCGUGCUUUUGAACUGUGUUUAAACAUACGUUGCAAAUUGUACCUUCAUCUACCAAGAGAGGGUCUCAUCAUCAAACCGAGUCAUUAUGCUGAGCAUUAGACCUGGGAAGACUGGGCCAGUGGCCACGAAUACUUCAGCACUCUCAUUUAAUGUGUUGUCUUUUUUUUUUUUCCUUCUUCUGCCACCCCUUGGCAGCGGCUUGAUUACCGUCUGCUCCUGGGAGCGGGGAGAGGACAUUGCAGACCCCAACACACAUUCAGAAUUCUAACAGAAGACAGAUUUGAGCAAAUAAAGGUUAUUCCACCCAAAGUGAUUAUACAUGGGGAAAACAAGUGCAACUUUCUUCAGAUAUAGUUGAAGGACUCUUCUGAAGGGGGAGGGAGGGAAAGGGAGGGGAGGAAAUAUCUUCUGAUGUAGUAGAACAGGUUUUGAAGGUGGAUUUUUUUCCCUGCCAAUGUUAAGAGGGAAUUAGACACUUUAAAAUGCCCGCCAAUCAGAUGUAAACUCAGCUAGCUACAUGUCCAGAGGUUGCCUACCUUAAAGUUCCUUUCAGAUCUUAAUGUUGCCUGCUGUAUUUUAGGGAGUUUUGUGAAGAUUUGUAGACAGCCAGAAAAAAUUUGAUUCUUUUUUUUGGGGGGUGCAACCAGUAAGGACAGUAGCAGAAUUAGCCAGUUUCCAGACACUUUAAAAACAAAUGUUUUGAAUGUCCCAUGGGGCUCAUUCGGUAGAUUUUUUUAAAAAAAAAUUUCUGAGAUGCAUUUUUAAAUUUAGAAGUACUAUAUUCCACAAGAUUUGAGUCAAUGAGGUUGGAAGAUAGCUUUUUUUUUUUUUUUUGUAAUUCAAAAAGCACAAUCAAUCUCUUUUCCUUUAAAAAAUCUAUAUAAAGUACAACUUGCUUUAGCAUGAUUAUUUUCCUAAAUAAAAAGACAUACAAAGAAUUUAUUUUAUGUUGAUUACGGGCAUGACGCAAAAGGUUUUCUUUCCUUUUUAUUUGCUUAAAAUAAAAAAAGUGCAGUUAUGUAGGGCUGUGGUUAGUUACCGUGCUGAAGUUCUCUAUCUAGCAUUUGUGGCUUGUUGGAAGGGUAGUAUUAACUAUUUAACCUGUAAUGGUGUACUUUAACUCUUAUCUAGCACGUUGUAUUCUCAUUACUUUGGGGGAGGGGAGGGUAUCUCUGCUGGCACGGUCUAACUUGCUUACCUGCUGAAUUAGCAGUUCGCUUGUGCUAUAACCUUUACUGUAGGUGCUAUUUAGGGGUAGGCUUAAAGUGCUGGGGGUGGUGAUUUCAGUUAAAACAAUAAAAAAUUGUAUUUUUUCAAUAUUGUAUAAACAAUAGUGUUCUAAUUACCUUAAAUUUAUUUCCAGGUAACUAUUGUUUUUAAUCUAGUUAAUAACCAGGUUGCCAGUCCAUAACCAGGUUUGGGGGCAUGUGAACCAGUGUACAUCUCGUCUCCAUGACCAAGGCCCAUUUCUUUAAUUAAACAGACAAGCCAACAAUUCCUUCUACUCUAAAGCACCAGCAUCAGAGGUUUUUAUAGUACAGGGUGCUCUCCUAAGUGAGACUCGUUCUGGAGACUGGAAGUCAAUCUGAGCAUUGCUUCGUUGUGUGGUUCGUGUGCGUGUGGUAUGUGUGCCUGCGUGUGCAUGUGUGUACAUAAGCGUGUCAGUGAUCAGGUUUCAGACCCUCUUGCCAUUGCUGUACAAAUUACAUGGUGUCCUUUCAGGUUGUACACAUCCUUUCUGAGAGACUAGCUAUGGAUCUGUGCGUGUUUUCUUGGCUCUAGAUGGGACAUUUUCUUUAGAUGUGGAAACUGGUUUUCUGCAUGUCAACAAAGAUGGCCUAAUUAGCAUUUCUAAUGCCCAAUCCUUGCCCCUCUACUACAGCUGAGGGAAGUUUUGGUAGGUAAUGAGGCCCAUAGUUGGUUCCAAGUCAUAGAGGACUUUCUGUAUUUCAGGGGAAUCCAGUGCCUCCCCCACCCCCACUCCCUCCCCCCCAAUAUGGCUGGGAGAGUAAGCCAAAGUAGAUUUUCCUACACUAACCAGCUCUUGUCUGUGAUCCAAACCUUACCUGUUCCCCCUUCUACUGCUGAGACUAGUAACCAGUAUCCCCAGGGAAGCCUGGACACAGCUGUUUAGGCAACUAGCAAUGACAAUUUGUUUUCCUUUUUUCAGUUCGGGUAGUACCUGUACUUUCUAAAACCAUCUUGUGAUUUUAUAGUACCACGUGUUCUCUGCUUCGGUUCCUAUGACUGAUCAUAAGCUCUGGCCAAAUACCAACAAGCAAGAUAGUCUCCCCUGUCCACUGGCACUCCAUGGAUUCUUGAACACCAGAGCCUUGUUAGAGGCUAAUGGGUAGUGGUUGAUGACCUAGAAAGAGGCCCUUUGGCUUGUGUCCUUGAGUGUCCCCCUACCCCACCCCACUUCGAGAUCACCGUACAGUUUUACGCUGGCAUCUCAUACCUUAGAGAUGGAUCAUCAUCUCGUCAGGACCUAACAAUCUUCUUUCCACUUCAAAAGAAGCUUUUCUAAUUGCCAACAGGUUGAUAGAAACUCAGAGAAGUGUUUAUCUUCUGAAAGGGAGUUUAAUCCCAACAAAUUACAUGAACCUCCCACUUCUCUUUGGUCUGAUGUUUGAUUUGUAUUAAGCCUCCUAUUGUGAUGACUGGAAGAAAAAAUGAAAGGAGGCAUCCUCUAUUAAUCCUGAUGAGUAAGAUAGCCGCAGCUCAGGAAUUGGCUUCUAGCUUGACUAAAAUGAUCUGUAAACCUUUUGAGUCUUGAGGACUUACCCAGUAAAGUUUUAAAAAAAAAUCACUAAGAAGUUAGCAGGGUUUGUGUGUGUGUGUGUGUGUGUGUGUGUGCGUGUGUGCGUGCGCGCGCGCAUGUGUUUUUUAAUCAGCACCCCCAAACCAGUUCCCUGAAAUCAACUUAGUUCAGAUUUAUGGGAGGGCAGCAAGCACUUCCCUCGUCUUAACCCAUGUUCAUUUUCCCUCUGGUCAUGUGGAACAUUCACAGAGGAUUCUGGAAGGCAGUGGAUUUCUCACUGGAGUCUGAGUCUUGUGGAAGGGUGUCUCAGGGGAUGUGGAAGUAAUGAGCAGCUUUUAGCUAUGUGAGGAUUCUCCACCAUCACUAAAUGCCACUCAAGAGGGCAAGGACCUGCCUUUGGGCUUGCCUCCGUGGAGCAGGCCCUCAGGCAGGUCUGUAGGCAUCAUGAGAAAUGGCCGUUAUUUACUGACUGUAUUUGGUACAUAUUGUGUGAUACUUGAAGAGAUGAAAGAGGGGCUUCCAGGCCCUUCAUUGGAGUCUAAGAGUUUUAUCUUUUUUUUUCUCCUCCCCCCUCCCUACCACCUUUUUUUUCUUGCAUUGUGAUGAUGUAGUGGGCACAUCUGUCAACAGGACGAAUGCCUCUUCUCUAAGACUAUAACCUCUCAAAUAGUUGUGUAUAAUGAAAGAACUGUAAACUUUUUUAAAUAAAAUGUAUAUACCUUGG